ACGACGUAGAUGAAAUAUUCGCCAAAAACAACAAUGUCUUUGUGAAAGCAGAAACCUCUCGAUGCGCUAUGCCCUGUAGGAUUUGAAUUCAUUGACCGAAUAUGCAUCACCGUGUACUAUAUAGGGAAAAGGUAGCGUUUACUAGAAGUUGUGAGAGGGGUUACAUCUUUUAAAUUGUAUUUGAUCUUUUUUUUUUUUUUUUUACAACAAAUGUUGUGUUGUCCCGGACAGUCAGCAGCAACAGUUUAUACGGUUACGUUGUCUCCUGCUCUAUAAGUUAAGAUACGGUAGGUCUAAUUUCCCCCUUUGCUUGUUCAAAUCGAACCCAUUACGUAUUUACUGACAGAGGGAUGUGAAUUUUCACAGGAGCUAUCCAUUUGCACUGCGAUGCACUAUUUGGAUGAAUAAAACCUCUCCCUGAACCAGUCAGUCUGGAUUUUGUUUCUCUACUUUUUCCACCUACAAGCCGCCAAAAAAGGGAAAGUUUGCCCGUGUCCUGUACCAGCAGCAGUUACUGUAUCCUCACAUUCAGUCUCAUAUUGGACCUUGCUGCAUACUCGAGUUCCUCCUUCCGCAGCACUACUUUGGAAAGGGAGACCGAGACUCGCCGUUCUUCUGAAUCCAGUUUUGCAACGUUUUGAGAAAGUUAUGGCUCAGAAUUGCCGUCGAACUGUUAUCUUUUUCCAGUGCUUGGGGUGCCUGCUCGGUUUUAAUGUCAUUCUCGUUCAAGCAGACGGGAAGGUGUUCAUGCUGGAGUCCAGGAACGGCUCUCAGGGAAUGGACCUGGCCACGGCGCAGGGGGCGUGCGAGUCACAGGGAGCCCGGCUCGCCAUGCCAGAAGAACUGAGACGAGCCGUCAUUGAGUGCUCCUUCACCGCCUGCACCAGGGGCUGGUUAGCGGACACCAACCUCGGGACCACUGUGUGUAACAAGCUUGAUGGCGGGCAGCAGAAUAUGAAAGCUGUUGAUGUGAAAAUCGAAAGCACCACUGAUACGAACAGCCAGCAUGAUUCCUUCUGCAUAAAAGACAAAGAUAAGCCAUGUGGGGACCCCCCUUCCUUCCCCCACACCACUCUGCAGGGGCACACUGGCUUUGAGAUGGGAGAUGAGCUGCUUUAUGUCUGCGCCCAGGGCUACCUCAUGGCCAACGGAGAGAAUGCUUUCACCUUGCUGUGUGACAGCUGCGGGGAGUGGUACGGGCUGGUUCAGUCUUGUACCAAAGAUGAGACAGAGGCGCAUAUUGACUAUGAAGACAAGUUCCCUGACGAAAGGUCGAUGGCGUUUGAAGAUACCGAUGAGGAUGAGGAUGAGGAAUUUGCUUUUUCAGAGCACGAGGACACUGAGCAGGAAAGAGGGGAUGUGAAAGAGGGAGAGGUGGUGAAGGAAGAGGAGGUAGAGGACUUCACUGAGCGGGAGAACCUGGAGCCCACGACCCCUACAGAGUCUCCAGUUUCGCUGCUGAGUCAAAAACACCUCUUCUGGUUCCCCUCCGAGACCUUCCACGAGACUGAGCAGCCAGAGGAGCCCCAGGAACCUUCCAGUGAAAGCACCAAAACCGAGUUCUAUGAGGGGGACAACUACAUUGGGGUGAAGUCCUCAGGCAGCGAAACCGGGGGAAUCAAAACCUUCGACAAUAAUGAGGACUUCCCUAUUGACACGCCUUUGGAGCCACACAAUGAAACCAAAACCACGAAGGAAUCUGUAGCCAGCACCGAUGAGUCCUGGCUGGAUGGCUACCCAGUCAUGCAAGAGGUCGAGGAAGGCGAGAAAGUGGAUGGCUCCAUGGAAACCGAGGAAGGGGAGGGCGUGGUCACGACCGACCAGCCAAACCACGUGGAGAUCAGCAGAGCCGACACCUCAAGCACCAGCCCGACCACCGACUUCACCCAGAUAGUGGCGGGACCCACCAGGCAACUGGAUUAUGGUGACAAGCCUGUUCCUGUGGAGCUGACCCCAACCUCACCCCCGGAGAACGUGAGCGCCAGCAAAGGCAUGGACGACAUGUAUCGCACAACCACACCAUCCAGCAUAGUCAUGGCCAACACUACUACCACGGAAGAGACUAUCGAGCAGCAGGAAUUCCCGGCAGUACCCACCGACACCUGGGAAACAACUGAGACUGUAUACCCCUUUAUCAAUCACGUACCAGUGCCAACAUAUGCAGAAGAUACCACCGCGUCUUACCAAGAGCCUAUAGAAACUACUACCAGAUCACCGGACGGUUUUGCAGGAACGUCCCUUUACGAUGAAUUCACACAGAAAGGGAACCUCACAGACGGUACUGGAGCCAAGUUACUUCCAACAGCAGAAACGUGUGUGGGGGAGGACUGUCCCCAGCCUAGCAAAGGCCCCAUGAUCGCCAUCAUCCUCAUUGUCAUCUGUUUGUUGAUAUUCACCGCCAUAUUGGCUGUCUGGUGCUACAAGAAAAAACAACAGAAGAGCUCUGUUUAUAAGAUGAAUGGGAAAGGCCAGACCAGACACCCCCAGCACAUUGAAAUGCAACAGAAGGUCUAACUUUCUUUUUUUUUUUUUACUGGGCCAGCUACUAGCUGGAGCUGAUUUACAAAGCUACUCAAGCCCCCAGUGGAUGCCUAGAACUGACUCUUUCUUUAGAGACAAAGGACAAUGUGGUACCAAGAAUUUGUUUUUGUUUGUUUGUUUUGUUUUUGUUUCCAAAGGUCAAAUGUUGUCACAAAAUGGUUACAGCACCUUAUAUAUCAAACACAUGCAUUCUUACACACAUGCAGAUUUAUUAUCUCAGUAUUAGGUUGUACAGUUCAAGACAAGCCCGAAAGAUUCAGAGACAGUAAAUAAUAAAUGGGGUGUGGCUUCAGAGGCCUUGUUACAACUGUUUGAUGGCUGUUUUUAGGGCAUCUAUCCAACACCUUUUGGGAGCACUAAAUCUUCAGUUCCACAAAUAAUAAGCAAACCUGAUUUUUGGAAAUAAAUACUAUAGUUAGAUAAAGGUAAAUUAAUGUACAAGCAAUCAACAUUUUUUUUAAGUUUUCUCUUUAGAAUAUUGCCAAAGAAACACUGCUGUAGGCAAUUGGAUAUAGAUUAUCUUAUAGAAGGCAUAACAUUUUAGAAUGUAUAGAUAUAUGUUUAAUUCAUUUUUUUUUUACAAAUUCACAAGUCUGAUGAUGAGCUGAAAUACAUUUUGUGAAGACCUGUGACCUUUAAAACCUUCUGUGUUUUAAAUGAUCUAUGGUAAGGCAUACAUACCAUGCUCAAAUAAAAUGGGAAAUUGAUUUUGGUGGGGGUGGGAGGGUACUAACACAGCCCACUCUUGAUUGUAAAUUACCCAUCUCAUGGGUUGUGAAGCAUCAUUCAAAACUAGUCUCUACUUGCGCGCCAUUCUUUCUUUCUGUGUAUUAUUCAGUUAGUAAGUUAAUUGUUCAGUUUCUAGAGAACAUACUAGCAUUGUUUUUUUUUUAAUAUAUAGUGUUGUAUUAAUAUAGAUUUUCAUUUGUUUUUUUGAUAAUGAACAAGGUGUGUUGUUGGUUAGAAGCAUUUCUGAAGCGAUAACAAUAUAUUUUAGCCUGACAUCUUUUUUUAUUUAAAAAAAAACAAAAAACAUGUAUGUUGUAGGUUAACAAAAUAACACUGUACAACUGAAUAUGAGAUAACAACCAAAAUGUUUCAAAAUUAUUUUUAAACGAGUUCUAACAAAACUAGGAUUGAAUUGCGUUUAGCCUUUGCAGAGUGGUGAUCGUACAUAGACCUAAUCCUAGCUUUGAAUCACAACUUUCUAUUUAGUCCUCAAGGGAAAGAUUGAAAUAUAAUUCUCUAUAUACAAAAUGUAAAUUAAAAGUGGGAAGGCUCGCAGAACAUUUAGUACAAAAUGAAUUGACCUCAGCUGAACUGCUUCAACAUCAGACAUACAGGGUUCCUCUCCUGAGGCUUUAGGAAGAGCAUACAAUUUUAAUUACAGUAGUUAAUUGUCAUCUAAUGAGUAAACCAAUUGAUUUCAUAGUGUACUUGCCAGAUAAACAGUAGUAGUAGGCACUCAAAAAGAGUCCCUUGCUUUUAUUUUUUAAUCUCUCAACCCUUUUUGACUGUUGGACCCAGACAUUACUGGUAAGCUCCCAGCUUUAUUGAUCUGAUAUUAAUAAUCAGAUUAAAAUGAAAGUUUCAAAAUACUUUUGUAUAACAAUCAUUGAUAUAUUGGACUUUGUGCUGAGCAGAAUCAGUUUUUGGCCAUCGUUUCCUGAUUACUUUCAGUAGGAAUGCAUGCUCUAAUCUGGCAAAUGCAGGCAGCAGGAAUUGCUGUUUUUGAAUAAAUAAAUUAAAUAAUUGAGGAUGGUCAUAAUGAAUUAUCUAGUAUUGCUAGUCAGCACAUUUUCACCACUGACACAGUGUCAUCAACAGCAGUGGUUUCUCACAAUAAAGACCCCUUGACAAGUACAGUAAAGUAACAUUGUGGCUCUAUGGGUUGGUAUGUGGCAGCAAAGCAGCCAAGGGCCAUAUCUGGGUGCUACAAAAGUCUGUAAAUCUCAGUAUCCUGAUAUUGCAGUGAAAUCAGUCAACCUGCAUGCAACACACAUAAUAUACAACUACAGCCAAAUGUUUUUCAUCACCCUAUAGAAUGAACUCAUUUUACUUCAUAAAGUUGAAUGAAACAUGCUGAAUAAUGUUACGUUAACAUAUUGAAUUACAUACCGCUUUGUAUUUCUCCAUAUACUUAACAAAAAACUGACAAAAAUUGAAAAAUGUGACAUGAAAUACUGUAUUACUAUUAUGGUUUCCGGUAAACUUUUGUGAUAUCAUUUUGUAGUUUCUUUGACGACAAGAAGUUAAAUAAAUAUCUAAAUUAUGUUCAUGUGUCUCAAUCCUAAAAUUCUAGGUGAUGCAAAACUUUUGGCCAUAGCUCUGUGUAUAUAUACCAACAGUUGCUUCUCUUAUUAUUAUAGCCAACAUUGCAAACUUGUAUUAUGUAUUUAGAUGUUUUAUGUUUUAUGUGAUCUCUCAUGACAGACUUGCCAUUAUCAAGUUGCUGUAAGGAAAAGAAAUUCUAACACAUUUUUUAAACCGUUUUCUGUUUCCUGUUGUGUGGUACAUUACAAUACUCCUUAAACUUUUGAUCAUUGUUCAAAAAACAUUUUUUUGUUUUUUUCACAUAAAUGUGUGUUUAUUAUAGUUAUUUUAUUUGUGUUCUAUAUUUGUGAUAACAAAGGGACAUAAUUAAAAUACAAUUUAAAAAAAAAAAAAA